CCGACGUGCAACAUGAUCAAUAUGGCAGUUUCAUAUUUCGUACCUUGCAGGCGAUGUAGGGGCUCGAGGUGAUUGUAUACGUAGAAAAACAAUAUGAUUCUCCAGUGAAUCAUCACGGCGAGUAAGCGUCUUGCUAAUAGUCAAAUUGUACGAAUGGUAGGAGUGGGUAAGAUUGACUAGGAUUCGUCGCUAUAACCAAAGAUCUUGCAAGUUCUUACGAUAUAAAUACUUCAAAAAAAACGUACUUUAAAAUGGUAAAGUUAUAUGCACUGACCGUUCUAUAUAAAAGUCCUCCGUCGACAACAACACUGAAAGCUGCUUAUGAUGUAGAGUCGUUCUCGUUUUUUCAAAAGAAUAGUAUUAAAGAGUUCAUGUGUUUUGUCAGUAAAACCAUUGUGGAAAGAACGCAGACUUGUGCCAGGCAGAGCGUCAAAGAAGGAGAAUACAUGUGUCAUGUCUAUGUACGAGCCGACAAUCUCGCUGCAGUUCUCAUCUCAGAUCAUGAAUAUCCUAGGAGAGUGGCACAUACUCUAAUCACAAAAGUGAUGGAAGAGUUUAUGGCGAAACAUCCACCAUCGACAUGGCCCGUGCUCAAAGAGGUCACCACCGACUUUCCACAGAUCAAUAUGUAUCUAGCCAAGUAUCAGAAUCCAGUUGACGCGGAUGCGCUCACGAAAAUGCAGAACGAUCUAGAUGAAACUAAAAUUAUAUUGCACAAUACCUUAGAAGCUGUGCUGCAAAGGGGAGAGAAGCUGGAUGAUCUA